UCGCCUAUACUCUCGGCCGCAGUUGGCCAUACUUGCUGUAGACUAUUUGUCUGAGGGAAUCACAAGCACUGGAAAUGAAGACAAUUUAGUAAGAGAUCGCUUAUUAAGAUUGGCCAUUCCUAUUUCUAAAAACCGAAAUUAUCGCAGAUAUAAAUGGGUUCGUGCCCGGCCAAAUAAUGGCCCAAGUCGUUGUUUAUGGUGACGUCACGGCUACCAUAGCUACGGGGAGCUUUUCAGCUGUUCAGAAUGAAUACAGUCAAAUGCUACUAGCUAGCUAGCUAAUCCACUCACUGAGCCCGAACAGGAGCCACUAUCUGAGCAAACCAUGGGUUUGCUGUCGAUUCUGCGAAGACUGAAGCACUCUCCGGACCAGGAGGUGCGGUUACUGUUGCUAGGGCUGGACAAUGCUGGCAAGACCACCCUGCUUAAACAGCUGGCCUCAGAGGAUGUCAGCCACAUCACCCCUACUCAGGGAUUCAACAUAAAGAGCAUGCAGUCCCAGGGAUUUAAGCUAAAUGUUUGGGACAUUGGAGGCCAGCGCAAGAUCCGCCCGUACUGGAGGAACUACUUUGAGAACACAGACGUACUGAUCUAUGUGAUUGACAGUUCAGACAGGAAACGCUUUGAAGAGACCGGUCAGGAGCUGGCUGAGUUGUUGGAAGAAGAGAAGUUGAGCAUGGUGCCACUGUUGAUAUUUGCCAACAAGCAGGACCUGAUGACUGCGGCUCCUGCAUCAGAGCUAGCUGAGGGCCUCAACCUACACACCAUCAGAGACCGGGUAUGGCAGAUCCAGGCCUGCUCUGCAAUUACCGCAGAGGGAGUACAGGAUGGCAUGACGUGGGUGUGCAAGAACAUAGCAGUUCGUAAGAAGUGACGCCAGGGGCAUACUUAUUCCCAAAGACUCAAACGAAGGGUAGGAGGUGAAAGGUGGAGUGGUGUUCAUUAUCAAAGCUUUUGACUUGCUGUCAUAAUAUGUUUUGAAAGUAUUGUGAUAUUUUUUUGAAUAGAUCAUGAGCCAGUUGCAAUAGAGUAAAUACUUUAAAGAGAAACUUUCUGUAAUGUUGACAUUACCAGCAUUUUAUUCAUGCUUCUCCAGUUGUAUAUACUGUAUAUACGUUAUUAUUUAAACAUUUCAAUUAUUCAGAUAUUACUCAACUGUCAUUUCUGUGUUCUUACUUUUGCCACCUUUUUGUAAUAGACAGGAGGCUUAUUAUGAAGAUGUCUACAUUAUGAAAGGAGUUUUUUAAGAAUGAACAGCUGAAUAGACAUGACCCACUGGGCGCAGACAUCAGUUCCAACAUCUAGUUUUGAUUUACAUUUGGUUGAGUUGUCAACUAACUUGAAUUCAACGUGAAAUAAACAAAAACUUUCAUCAUGUCAUUGGAUUUAGGUUAAAAGUUGGGUCAAAAAAAACACAACAUGCCCUUACGUUGAUGACAUUUAGUUUUCCACGUUGUUUCAACAUUAUCACAUAGAUUCUUUGGGGUUGAAAUGAUGUGGAAACAAUGUUGAUUCAACCAGUUUUUGCCCAGUGGGUACUUUGUUGCGUGUAUGUGAUUGAAACUCUGUCCUUUAGUACCAGUGGGGCAGGGAAAUAUCCUGCUCUGUAUCAGUAACCAGGUUUCUAUCCAACCAUUUCAUGCCGAUUGAAUUACCUGAAGCAUGAACAAAUAAAAUGUGUUUGUUCAAAA